UGUUCUGAGCUUAUUCAAAACCACGAGAUUCAUCCAUGAGUAGGACCCGACAUCGAUUUCAUUUUUCUUUUACCAGAAAAUUUACUCAAUCAACCUUCAGGUUCAAAAUUCUGAUCGCGUUGCCGCCCAUGAUGGACUUUGCCUGAUCACUCCCCUCGCCCACGGCCGCAGCGACCGCGUCGGCAUUCAUGCUUACACUCUCCCACUCGCCCUGCUCAUCGGUGGUCAGCGGCGGGAAGAAGGGGUGGUCGGUGCCGAACAUGAGCCUGUCCGCUCCGCUCGCAUCUAUGGCCGCCUUCAACCCAACCUCGGAGUAGAUGACGGCGUCGAGGUAGAUCUGCUCCUUGAGCACAUCCCACACCUUUCUGCGGCCCUUGCCGGCCUUGCCCUCGCGCACCAGCUGGCCAUCGUGCAUGAUGCAGCUCUCGAUGCGUCCCGCAAGGAAGGGCAGCGUGCCGCCGCUGUGCGCCAGAAGCAUGCGCAGCUCGGGCACCGCGUCGAAGACGCCUGCCAAAAACAUGCGUGUGACGGCGAUGGUGGUCUCCAUUGGGAAGCCCAGCGCCAGAGGCAGCACAUGGCCGUACUCAUUGCUCGCCCUGGGGCCCCAGACGUCGUUGGGCAAGCCGUAGUGCGGGUGCAGGAAGAUGGUCAGGCGGGCCGCGGCAAUGGCCUUGAAGAUGGGCAGCAGGUCCGGAUCGUCGAGACCCUUACCCAGGCCCGAGGUGCCGAGAAUGAUGCCGCGACAAUACUUGAGUGCUCUGACGUGGUUGAUGGCCUCGAGGAUGGUCUCGAGCGACGCAGUUAGGGGCAGGGUGGCGAAGAAGAAGAGACGGCCAGGGUGGGCGGCGCACAUGGCGUCGAACUCCUCGUUGACACCCUUGGCCAUAGCGCCCGACUCGGAGGCGUCGACAAAGUCGAGCCAGGGGUUCGCCAAGGAGACGACCGAGAUGUCGAUCUUGUGCGUAUCCAUGAAAUGCACCUUCUGGUCCAGUGAGGCGUAGUGCGAGGUCAGCGGCCGGCCCGGGGGCUUGGCCGAAGAGUCCUUGGUGGCUUCAUCGAGGGCCUGCUCCUCCGAGGCGAGGAGGAUGAAGCGCGGGUCCGGCGUUUGCGGGAAGCUGCGCACGACGGGAAUGGUGGUUCGAGAUUCAAGAAUCUUGAUAUACGAAGGGGGGUACAUGUGGGUGUGGAUGUCCACCACUUUCAUGGGCGUUGAUGAUGAUGAUGAGGCCAUUUCGUCUCUGGCCAGCGGGCGUUUGGUUUCCCUUUUCCGUUGGGGGGUUUGAGUGUUACCGACCCGAGCCGAAGCGAAUGAGGGGUGAUGGAUCAACAGAAAAUGGGCAUCUGUUUCUUUGUGAGUCGAGUCUUGCUACUAAUGACUGUUUCCCGGCGUGGAAUAAAGACAUGGGAGGAGAUGCCCGCCGACUUACAGAAAAAUCGAGAGGCUCAAUGGUGAGUCAAGUCGAGCAGCUUACUUACAAGUCACGGUUUCAGGAAUACACGGAACAGAGAAAACAGCGGCUGGACUGGUUUCGGGGCGGAACAGAGACCGGCGCUUCGUCUUUUACAAGUACCUUGAGGUAGGUAAGUACCGGUUACCCGACAGACUACGUCUUUCCAGGAAGGUGACGAGGUUGCCACGACCCGCACGCGCAAAUCCAGCAAAUCCAAAGUUCCCCUCAUUGCACUCCGUAUGCGCACCCAACGUGCAACCCUCCAGUCUCAUUGUCCCACAAACCGCAAACCCCACACGCGGGCGUCUCCAAUUGCGGUGGCUGUAAUCUUACCCCGCCGUUAUCUCAACCUCCGCCCGGACCCUUAUCAUCACCCUUUCCCUCACCUAUCUUUUUGGUGGCGGGGUAAACGAACACCACCUUAUUCGUCUUACACGUACGUAUAACGUGUAGGAGGUCUCCGAUCCCCCUCGCUCCACUGCGGUUCUAGCCGGGCCUGUAGCGCCCCCCGGGCUCCUCCCAAAGUCUUUUCUCUGUCCCUGUAUCGCCCGUAUGGCCGGGAUCAACAAGGGAGCCUUGACAUGUCCGGAUUAUGUAGAUGGUGCCGGUGGUUGGCUAGCAUGAUACGACGUCAAUGCUCGGCUUGUGGUUGGCUGGCGUGCCGCUCUCACGGGCUGUGAUUCGAAAACCAGUGAGAUAUAAGUCACUCGGAUCCCAUCCCGCGCGUUGCGGUGGUGAGGAACCUUAUCACGACUUCUUAUCCAGUCCCCCCCCCAUCGCCUUUGCUUCAAGUGAUGCUCUCUUGUUGCAGAUGUCUGAUUGACGAAUCCCAAACCGUAUUCCUCCACAUGAACACAGCAACACAGCAACAAAACAACACCUCAGAGGCACGAUACUGACUGACAUCGCCAUGGCGGCCACCGCGGUAGACAAGGAGGGCCUCUUCAUCCCCCUCAUCGACUUCUCCGCCUUCCUCAACGGCGAUCCCGCCAAGCGUACCGCGACGGCCAAGCAGAUCCUCAGCGGGUUCCAGAACGCCGGGUUUAUCUACCUCAAGAACGUGCCCAUCACUCCGGAGCUCCGCGCCGCCACCUUUGCCAAGUCAGCCGACUUCUUCGCCCAGGACGACGCCGCGAAGCUCGCCCUCGGCUGGACGACGCCCGAGGCGAACCGCGGCUACUCGGCGCCCGGCCGCGAGAAGGUCAGUAACCUGACGACCACGGCCGAGAUCGAAAAGGUGCGCGCGGGGAACCCCGACCUGAAGGAAAGCUACGAGAUCGGCCGCGAGGGCGAGCCCGACCACCCUAACCAGUGGCCCGUCGAGGAGCCGGGUACGCGCGUCGCUGGCUUCAGGUCGCAGAUGCUCGAGUUUCACGACCAGUGCAAGGCGCUGCAUGUCGAGGUCAUGCGCGCCAUCGCCGUCGGCAUGGGCAUCGACGAGCACUUCUUUGACAGCUUCACCGACGCCGGCGAUAACACGCUGCGCCUGCUGCACUACCCCUCCGUCGACCCUAACGUCUUCAAGAUCAACCCCGGCCAGGUCCGCGCCGGCGAGCACAGCGACUACGGCUCCAUCACGCUGUUGUUCCAGGACGACCGCGGCGGCCUCCAGGUCAAGAGCCCCAACGGGCAGUUCGUGGACGCGACGCCCAUCCCGGGGACGGUGGUUGUCAACGCGGGCGACCUCCUGGCGCGGUGGAGCAACGACACCAUCAAGAGCACCAUCCACCGCGUGGUCGAGCCCCCGAGGAAACCAGAGGACGGCACCGAGUACCCGCCGCGGUACAGCAUUGCGUACUUCUGCAACCCCAACUUCAAGAGCCAUAUUGAGGCAAUUCCCGGCACAUAUGCAACGGAAUCAGAGAAGAAGUACGAAGGUAUUAACAGUGGGACGUAUCUCGUGCAGCGGCUGACGGCCACAUACUGAUUCGCUUCACUGGGCAAAUGGUACGAGGGCGCCCCAGGUACGACUGAUGAGACUGGUCUAAGGGUGCGAAAGCGGGCAACUGUCAUUCAGUGAAAUGCAGCAGUUUUUUGUUUCUCGUGUUAGGUUUCGAUGGCGAAGCGGGCAGGGCAUCAAGAUGAAUGCCAGCAUGCCACACAAAAGUCGCCCCAUGGUUCAUGGUUUUUUUUUUUUU